AUGGCUCAGCAACUCGACGGGGAAGCCUUGAUCUCUUCCCCAUGGACAAGAUCCCUACUUUCCGGCGCGGUCGCAGGUCUCACCGUGGACUGCUCCCUUUACCCCCUUGACACCAUCAAGACCCGGCUCCAAAAAGCACGCGACCACAGCGCACCCCAAGCUCCCCGCCCAUCCCUCCGUCAAGCAGUUCGUGGUAUUUAUGCCGGUCUUCCCUCAGUUCUAUUUGGCUCUGCGCCCUCGGCAGCCUCGUUCUUCAUCGUGUACGAUGGCGUGAAACGCUCCCUUCUCCCUCCGCCAGGCUCCACCGAGCCCCCCUCCCGCAGUCAUAUCAUCUUCACCCACUCCAUUGCCUCCUCGUUGGGUGAAAUCGCCGCCUGCGCUGUGCGUGUACCCACGGAAGUGAUUAAGCAACGCGCCCAAGCCGGUCUCUUCGGUGGCUCGAGUCUGCUCGCUCUCCAGGACAUUCUAUCCUUACGCCAUGCCGCACCGCAAGGCGCUACAAUCCAGCCCUCUGCUGCUGGUACCAACGCCUCUUUUAGGUCGGGACCCGCUCAUCAGGUUCCGGUGAAACGAGGAUAUAGUCAGGUCCUUCGGGAACUCUAUCGUGGUGCGGGCAUUACUAUCGCCCGCGAGAUUCCAUUCACAGUGCUUCAGUUCACAAUGUGGGAAUCCAUGAAAGAGACCUACGUGAAGCGGUACCUUCAACCAUCAUCUACGUCGACGAGCCCUAGGUCUUUAGCUGAGACCCAAAUUCCGGCAUCCACAAGCGCUAUGUUCGGUAGUGUUGCAGGUGCCAUUGCGGCGGGUCUGACUACCCCACUGGAUGUAAUCAAGACUCGCGUGAUGCUUACUCGUCGUGGAGAUGGUGGAAAUGCGCCUGUGCGGGUCAAGGAAAUCAUCCGCGGGAUCGCACAGGAGGGCAUGGGCGCCUUUUGGCGCGGCAUUGGGCCAAGAGUGGCAUGGAUUGGCAUUGGUGGUGCAGUCUUCUUGGGCAGUUACCAGUGGGCGUCGAAUACGCUAGAGGGAAGAAGGGAGCAGCAGGCACAGGUUUGA